ACAAGUGCCAUGCGAUUUUGCGUCUUCUUAUCUUUGUUAUUUUUAUUUUUAAAUAUUAAUUUGAAAGUUUUUGCUAAUGGAAUAGGUAAUCGCUACUUUUUGGAAAAGCAACGUUUUUUGUUGGAAAUUUUGCAUCAUGUCCAGGAACCUUUAAUGAACGAUCAAUGGAGAUUAUUGGGAGAGAAGUUGGUAACCGACAAGGAACAGUAUGUGGUCUACAACGAUCACAUGGCAAAGUUCUAUAAAGAUUUCAAUUUGGGAAAAUUAUUACACAGAAAUGUGUACUACAACCCACUCUAUGCCGAUCAUUAUGAACAGACGCUGGGCCUUUAUCACUUUUUCUAUAACACCAGGGAUUGGUAUACUUUGUGGCAAAAUAUUUGCUGGGCACGGGUCCACAUAAAUCCGGAUGUUUUUGUUCAAGCUUUGACACAAGUCCUUUUCAAACGAGAGGAUUAUCAGGCCCUGAUUUUGCCAAAGAUUUAUGAAUUGUGGCCCGAAACGUAUCACGAUGAUGUAACUGUGAGCAAGGCUAGAAAAUUUAAUUUCGCCAACUGGAUAAGAUACGAGAACGUAAGUGACAUUGAGGAAAUUCACCCGCAGAAAAUGGAACCCUUUAAUUUGGAAGGAGAUCUGCGAAGUUCACUUGAAUGGUUUCAGGCCAUGGCCGAUGUGAAUAUACUGCGAAUGAAGCAGCCAAAAAAGGGAAAAGAACUCUACUACUUGUUGGAGGAUAUUGGCUGGCAGUCGUAUUGGUAUAAUGUGAACAUUGGCAUUGUUUUUACUGAAGAAAGUACAAGUGAGCUGCAAGAGUGGUGGUACCAUCAAUUAGGUCAACUACUAGCUCGAUAUAAACUGGAACGAUAUGGUCAGAAAAUGUCGUAUAAAAGGUUAGCAUUAGAAGAGGAUAUAAAGAGACGAAAUCAUCGAUUUAAACUAGAGUCGCCGAAAACUUCGCAAAUUAUUGUCGAUAGACUGAAAAAAUUGGAGAAAAAAGUAGGAGAUGCCAUCACCUUUAGAAGUUUUCAGCUUAAUAAUGGUAGUCUUAUUAAUCUGGAUGUGGAUACAAACUGGCUUAUUGGGCUUGGCGAACUAUUCCCCUACGAUUGGACACGAUUAACCAUAGAAAAAGCUAGCCAACCCGAACUUUUGCUAGACAUUCGAACCGCACUGAGAUCCGAAAACUUUUACUAUUAUGCUGAGCGGGUGUUGCAGUCAUAUCGAUGGUAUCGUCAGGUGUUCCAGCCCUCUAAUCCGAAAAUGUUUAUUCCCAGUGAUCUUCGCAUUGAUGAUUUGCAGAUAAGUCCGCUGAUCACCUAUGACCAACCGGUUGAUGUAGACCUAAGCAAUAUCCUACAUGCCAAGCACUUUUACUUGGCAGGACAGUUUGUGUGGCCUUUCACCUUGCAACAGCAGCAGUUUCGACUUCAACAUAGGGAUUUCACUUAUAACCUGCAAAUCUCAAGCAACAAAACGCAAUCUACAAUUUUUAGAACUUUUCUUACUACUUCAGAGCGGGGAUUCAUUCAAAGGGAGCCCUUCUAUCAGCUGGAUUCUUUUCUAAAAGUGAUAUAUCCAGGAUUAAAUAGAAUAUCAAGGGAAUCGAAGGACUUUGGAGGACUGAUUGGUGAUCACAUCUCAUUCACUGAGCUCCAUCAGUUCGUAAAACUGGCCGAAAGGGAGGAAUACGACUUUCCCUUGAAUAUAUCCACUCCUAAUUGUGGAUUCCCUAGACGUCUGAUUUUACCCCGAGGUGGUAGGGGAAAUCCAUUAAAGAUGCGUCUCCUGAUCGUGGCCACUGUCUAUGAUUUCAAGGCUCGACAGGGCAAUGAACUAAAUUGUGACUUCAGCAGGGGAAUUAGUCGAUGGGAUGAAUUGCCUUUAGCUUAUCCCUUUGAACGCAUUCUGGAAGAUGAUACCCAAUCUGUGGAAAUCUCAGGUGAUCAUGUCUACUGGAAAGAUGUGCAAAUCCUGCAUGAGGAUUAUGUAUAAUAAUAUAGAUAAGGGCCAAAAAUUAUAACAUUAUAUAAAGAUAAACGAUUUAUAAUCUUUGAAAUUAAGAAAAACAUUACGAUGAACUUAUCACAGUGAAUGCUUAAAGUUUUUAUAAACCCCGAAAGUUAGGAAUA